UUUAUAGUUUUCGAUCAUGAACUUAUUUUUUAUUUGAGAAUUUUAUGGAGUGAUGAGUUUGAGGUGUUUGUGCGCAUGUCAAAGAAAAAUAAGAUGUUAGAUCAAUGUGUAAUCCCGACUGUAAAACACGGUGUCGGUUUGGGUGUGCUUUGAGGGCGACUGGAGACCUGGUAAAAAUUCGUACAAUUUAUUUUUAUUCCUAGUGGCAGAAUACGAAGUAUUUGAGUAUAUACAACGAGAAGAACUGUUUUAAAUUAUCAAUAAGAAAAAAAUCUAUCCAUUUUGUAUAGAUAAAAAUAUCCAAAAACAUUUUUUCGUAGAAAAAAUAUAUUUUAAUUUUUUAAGUAAUUGUUACGCGAUUGCUAUUAUUUACAAACCAUCCCUGCCUUAAGUGAAGCAAAAGUUUCUUGGAAAAACUCGGUUUUGAAUAGUGACAAAAAGGGCCGAUUUAUGACUGUAAUAAAUGAAACAGCCUAUGAAUCUGUAUACUAGAAACACCAAAUAAAAAAUUUUUUACAACAAGCUAUAUACAGUAGGUAAAAAAACACCGUAACAUACAAAUAAAUAAUUAAAUUGUAAAAAUUCGGAAUUAAUAAAGGAGAUACAAAUAAUUAUAUCGUAAAAUUAUAAAUUUCCAUGUUAAAUAAACGAUACAAACACGUGGCGGCUCAGUAAAACUGCCAAAUCAGUUGAAAUGUUUUACGGCGCAUGUCUUCGGCUAUUUUUAGAAUGAAGAAAUUCAUAUCGUGUUCGAAUCUUGUUCUCCAGACCGAAUUUGCGCCUGGACACCGCGUGAUCUACGUCGAUAUGAAUAUUAAAAGUGUUUGUAGACUGUGCUCGUCUAACAGUGAAAACAAUAAACGUUUUUGUGUUUUUAGUUAUUAUGUUGGAAAUAAAAGGAAAAGUGUAAGGGAUAUUAUAUCGAAAAUUAUCGGAAUAGAGAUAAAUAAAGAGGAUCCAAUAUCUCAAAAGAUAUGUACGAGUUGUGGAAAACACCUUGUACAAUUGUAUAAAUUUCGUGAAAAAUCUCUGAAAAAUGACAGGUUCUUAAGGGAACUUCAGAAAAAAACCGCCGAAAAAAACAUAAUUCACAAUAGCGUCGUUCAACUUUUCAAAACUUACCCUUAUCUCAAAUUACCUUACGAUAGUUUGAAUUUAGAUUUUUCGCCAAUCGUAGAAAUGGAUUUGAACGAAGUCGAAAAUUAUUUCGAAAGUAAAAAUAUCCGUUCGAAAAAUCACAUUCGAAGGGUAAUGGAGGACAAAAAAAUCAAAGAAGCCGUUUCUCCAAUAAAUAUCAAAUUUAGAUUAGAUAAAUCAGCUUACGAAAUUUUUCGUAAACCCCUGUAUUAUACAGUAGACGACGAAGGGAAACUUCAAAACGAAAUAAUAGAUCUUAUAUCAUCAUCCCCUUCUAUUAAUAAUAGAAAAAGAAAAAUUGACGACGAUAUAAAUAUUUAUUUACAAAAUGAAAAAAUAGAUUCAAAAAAAUUUCAAAGUAUUGAUAACUCCAACAUAACACCAAAUGUCAUUUCUAACCUCACACUCAAAGAAAAUAUAAACAAAAACAUUUUAAACGUCGAACAUAAUCAAGAUAAAACUUUUUCGUAUCCCCCCGUAAAACAAUUUAUCAAACCUCAAAACGAACCAACAUUUAGUUGCCAUUUUUGUCGAAAUACAUUCGAAACAAAAACAUUCACAAUUCACUACAAAGCAUGCGCAAUAAACAAUAUGCCCGACGUAUUAGUGGAUAAAUUAGAAAAUAAUAAAACCGCGGAAACAAUGUACCGUCGAGCUAUAUCUAAUCUUAUAGAACCGGUAAUCGAAAUUACGAAUAGUACCUAUUUUAAUAUUAAUUAUGAAAUUGAAACACGACAAUUAAUUCGACAAUUAUUAACAAUCGAUAAAAAUUUACGUCCAGCUGAACGAGACACUCAAACCGAUUUAAAACCGAACGAAACCGAUUUAGAAUCGAUUAAUACCGAGCACGGAAUAACAUCCUCGGUUAUAUUAAAAAAUUUCAAACCAUAUCUCGAUUUAUAUAAAAUUCCAGUAUCGAUUAAUAUCGGAAACGAAUUAUCUGUCAAAUAUAGUUAUAAAGACCCGCCUGAAACGAUACGAAAAUUUAAAGAUUGGAAUAACCUCACUCCUAUAGAUGUUAAAAUCACCAAAGAAACUAAGGAAUUGAAACAAAGUCAAGAAGCGGGACUAUUAGAAAAUUUAGAUACUAUUAAGAAACUUCUCGAUUCGGUUGACACUAGUGCUACGAUGCACGACAACGUUGCCGAGUCUCAUUCAUCGACUGAAAAUAUCGUAUCUACAAAUAUUAAUCUAAACGUACCUAGCUUCGGUUUAAGAUACGAGUUGGAACAAAAUCACGAUUAUAUUGUAAAACCUCAAAAUAUACAAUUUCCAUCGUAUUCUCCAUGUAUUAAAGAAAAUUUUUGUGAUUAUCGAAACUAUAAUAAUUCAUUGAACUGUCUACCUUCUGGAUACACGAAUGAAUCUCAAAAUGGUAUGUUGUACGAUCAACAUUUUGACAAAUAUCCAAAUGUAACUUCGAACGUUAAUAAUCAAAUUCCGAUUCGUAAUUCUAAUAAAAUUUGGUAUCCUCCGUUACCUUCUCACAACUUUAUUCCUAGUAUAGAAACGAAACAAACCGUGUACCAGUUAAAUCCGGAUAGAAUGCAACCCGUAAUACAGAGAAUACGUAAUGAUAAUUAUCAUUUGAAUUCUGCGCAAUCGAAUAUGUACAGUGGUUCGUCUAAUAAUACGUAUUAUAAUAAUUAUCAACAAAACGCAAAUCGUGGUUAUAGUGUUAAUAAUAACGGAAGUGGUAAAAUAGUUACGCAAAUGCAUUACAGGGAUGCUCAAUAUUCGAGACACAAUUUAAACCAAAAUUGUAUUAAUAAUAAUUCUUCCGGUAUCAGAGUUCGACCGAUUAGUGAUUUAAAAUGAAAAUAAAUGUUGGAAUUUCAUUUAUAUCAAAUUGAUAGAUUUUGUUUUUGGUUCUGGAAAUAAUUUUGAAUAUAUAGGGUGAUUAGUUAUUUUAAAGUUGCUUGACAUAAUAUAGGGAUGUUUUUGAAAACAUUUACAUAAAUAUAGGGUUAAUUUCGAUAACUUUUUCAAUAUAUUUUUUAUAUAUAUAGGGUAGUUUAAGAAAUUUUAAAGGAGUUUGACGUAUAGGGUGAAUUUUUGAGACGUUUUCAAGACACUUGACAUAUAUAGGGGUGAAUUUCUUGAGACAUUUUGAAGUAACUUGACAUAUAUGGUGAAUUUGACGUAUAGGGUGAAUUUCGGAAACGUUUUCAAGACACUUGACAUAUACAGGGUGAAUCACUUGGGACAUUUUGAAGUAUCUUGACAUAUAUGGUGAAUUUGACGUAUAGGGGUGAAUUUCGGAAACGUUUUCAAGACACUUGACAUAUACAGGGUGAAUUUCUUGAGACAUUUUGAAGUAACUUGACAUAUAUGGUGAAUUUGACGUAUAGGGUGAAUUUUUGAGACGUUUUCAAGACACUUGACAUAUACAGGGUGAAUCUCUUGAGACAUUUUGAAAUAACUUGACAUAUAUGGUGAAUUUGACGUAUAGGGUGAAUUUUUGAGACGUUUUCAAGAUACUUGACAUAUACAGGGUGAAUCUCUUGAGACAUUUAGAAGAAACACUUGACAUUUAUGGUGGAUUUGAAGUUUUAAACGAAUUUGACAUAUAUAGGGUGAAUUUUGCGACAUUUUAAGGAAAUUUGACGUAUGGGGUUAAUCUCUGAAAGGUUUUAAUCGUACUUAAUAAAAAAUUAUCGUGUUUCAUUGAUAUAAAAUAUGUUCAUUCUCCUACUACUACUAAUAAGAUAUCGAGAGUUAUCUUUCGAGUGUUGGUUCCAUCAAUUUAUCUUUACUCCUAUACGUAAUCAACUUUAGAAAUACUAUAUUUGAUAAAUACAAAUAUUUAAUAUCAAACAACCUCGAAAGAUUCAUAAAUAUCCCAAAUAAUAAGUUUUUCCGUAGAAUUAGUAGACUUGGCAACACUGUUUAAGUGCUAUAAUCAUAAGAACGCGACGUACCACAAAACUAAACGCACGCGCGUUGUUUGACCUUGAAUACAACCGAAUACACCGAGAGCACAAGUUUAAAAACUACACUGAGAUAAAUAAAUUUGUAAUGUAUUGUUGAAUGUUUUUUGUAAAUUCGACAUACUUGUUUUUAUACUUCGUGUUCGUCAAAUUUCUACCAUAACUUAAUUAUAUAAUAAUUAAGCACCUUGUAUAACGUAUCGUUUUAUUUUCUACGCAAAUGUUGAUGAUGAUGAUAAAGUUUUUAACGAGAAAUCAUAAUUUUUGUCAACAAUGCUUUUUUUUUGUUAAUAAAGCUGAAUAAUAAUUUUUAAAAAGAAAACCGAUAUCAUAUGGAUACGAUAGUACGGGCGAUUGGUUCGUUUGAGUUAAUUAGAUGUAGAUACUUUCCAUUAUUGUUUUUUGGUGGAAAAGUUCUGGUUCGAAUCCGCCAAACUAUGGAUACUAAUUUUUAUAUUUUUGUUAUUUUUUUAUUUUAUAUUUUUAUAAGACUGUUAAUUUUGUAUAAAUAAAACUUGAUAUUUA